ACUCAUUUACAUUUGUAAUCAAACUAGAACAUAAACCUUUGUGCAUCUUGACAUAAUUACAAUAAUGCGCGUAAUUAUAUAAUUUAAUUGUCUGCAAUGGAGGAAGACACGUCGAAUAUUAACCAAAUUAGGGCCACACGGUUUAGGAACUUGCCUUCUGUGAGCUCGUUGAGUCAGGAAGAGCUGAUAAUCACGGCCCCCGAGGAGCCCGAAUUGCUGUCAUCGAUUCGAAGGCGGGUGCAAAUCAGUUCUGAAAAAAUAGAAACAGGGUCGUUAAAUGUGUUAUCAGCCAAAUAUGAGAGCCUCGAUUAUGACACUUGCGAGAAUUAUUUAUUGUUGGACGAAGAGAGAAAGAAGGGGUAUCGAUUUAUAAUUAAGAAAAAUUUAGCACGGUGGUUCAUUUUUUUACUGAUUGGGGUGAUCACGGCGUUGAUUGCGUGUGCCAUAGACAUAUCCAUUGAAGAAUUGUCCCAACUCAAAUAUGCUUCAUUAAGUGAUUAUGUAGAUGAGUAUGUAAUAGAAGGCAGACUCCACAUCCCGUAUUUCCUGUGGGUUUUAUUCAACGUGGUUCCGGUAUUAAUAGGAUCCGCUCUAGUCGCUUAUGUAGAACCCAUCGCCGCCGGUAGUGGAAUACCCCAAGUCAAGUGUUAUUUAAAUGGGGUAAAAAUACCACAAGUAGUUCGCAUAAAGACGCUUUUCGUUAAGAGCGUGGGAGUCGUGUGUUCGGUGGUUGGGGGACUCGCUGGCGGAAAGGAAGGGCCUAUGAUACAUUCUGGGGCUGUCGUCGCAGCGGGAAUCUCCCAAGGCAAGAGUACGACAUUCCGCCGCGAUUUUAAAAUAUUGAAAUAUUUUCGGGAGGACCAUGAAAAACGGGACUUCGUGUCUGGAGGGGCCGCCGCUGGAGUUGCUGCCGCCUUUGGGGCUCCCGUCGGCGGGGUUCUCUUUAGUUUGGAGGAAGGUACAAGUUUUUGGAACCAAAGUUUGACGUGGCGGACAUUUUUCGCCUCAGUCAUUAGUACGUUUACGCUUAACGUCGUUCUGUCGGCGUACCAUGGAGUACCUGGCGAUUUGAGUUAUCCGGGGCUUUUGAAUUUAGGCAAAUUUGAAAACUUUAGUUAUCAGGUGUAUGAGUUACCGAUUUUUUUGCUUAUGGGGGCGUUUGGAGGGUUAUUAGGAGCCUUGUGGAACCAUAUCAAUUACAGAUUGUCAGUAUUUAGAAUGAGAUAUAUUAAGCAAAAGUGGUUGAAAGUCGUUGAAGCGUGUAUGGUGGCAGCUGUCAGUGCGACUGCGGGGUUUUUGAUGAUGUUUUGUUUGAACGAUUGUAAGCCGCUGGGACAAGACCCAACAAAAUAUCCAACUCAGCUAUAUUGCCAAGACGGACAAUACAACGUCCUUGCCAGCAUCUGGUUCCAAACCCCCGAAGCCUCAGUCCGCUCUCUCUUCCACGACCCGCCGAACACACACAACGCCACAUCUCUCUUCGCCUUCGUUGUGAUUUACUUCCUUCUGGCGUGCUGGACCUUCGGUUUAGCCACCUCGAACGGCCUCUUCAUCCCCUCACUACUCACAGGAGCCGCCUGGGGUCGCCUCAUCUCAGUAGGCUUAUACAAAAUAGUGCCCGACCAGGUCCUCAUCCACCCCGGGAAGUACGCGCUGAUUGGCGCCGCCGCUCAACUUGGCGGAGUCGUGAGGAUGACCAUCAGCUUGACGGUCAUCAUUAUGGAAACCACAGGCAACAUCUCGUUCGCGCUGCCUCUGAUCAUCACGCUGAUAGCCGCCAAGUGGACGGGAGAUUUCUUUAAUGAGGGUAUUUACGACACGCAUAUUCAGUUGAGUGGGGUGCCGCUGCUCCCCUGGGAACCGCCGCCGUUGGUACAUAAUAUUUAUGCCAGUGAGGUUAUGUCGCAUCCUGUUGUUACGCUGAAGUGUGUGGAGAAUGUUGGGCAUAUUGUGGAGUUGUUGAAGCUCACCACGUAUAAUGGGUUCCCUGUGGUUGAUCCACCGUUGACUGACCAGUCGGAAGUUACGACGUACGGGAGGAUAAGGGGGUUGGUUUUGAGAUCGCAGUUGAUUGUUAUUUUGAAGAAGAAGAUUUUUAAUGAGAAUUCGGAUAUGUGGGACGAUAUUAAUGUGGAGAUUUUUAGAGACGAAUAUCCUAGGUAUCCGACGAUUGAGCAAGUGUAUGUCUCAGAGAUAGAAAAAACAUAUUCGAUUGAUCUUAGGCCCUUUAUGAAUCCGUCACCCUACUCGGUGCUUCACUCAGCUUCACUACCCAGGAUGUUCAGGCUUUUCAGAGCCUUGGGUUUGCGACAUCUCCCGAUUGUGAAUGACACCAAUGAGGUCAUUGGAAUGGUGACCAGAAAAGAUUUGGCUCGUUACAGGGUCUGGAGGCAUCAAGGACGAAUGGGCGUAGAAGAAUUAGUAAUAUCCAAAGAAGUCUGACACGUUGCAGUAUUAUAAGUGGAUAUCAACAAACUUGACCAGGAGUGAUUUUAUUUAUUCUAUGUUAUUAAAAUAUUUUCAUAA